CCCAACCACAACCCCAACCCCAGCCGUCAUUAUUAUCGUCUCUAUCACCACCACCAGAGCCAAUACGAUUCUGUGCUAACCACCUCCUUUGGGUUCGUGUCCAUACCAAAAACCUCGUGGGCCAGAUUGCCUGCAGUAUCAUGUCGUCAAAGGCCAUCACCCUUCAACUUCGGCCGAGAGGCAAACCUAUCAAGGCGUUACCGGAUUCACUAGACCUGAGCCCCAAUGCCACAGCCGCCGACAUCUAUGAAAAGAUCUCACAAUUGACCAAGUUCUCUGUACACCAAUUGCGAGUCACAAAAGGAAGCGAUGGAACAGUCGUCCCCAACAACCGAGAUGUAUCUGUCCAUUCAACAGGACUGCGAGAUCAGAGUACUGUCAAUGUAAAAGACUUGGGCACUCAGAUAGGCUGGCGCACAGUCUUUAUCGUGGAAUACUUGGGCCCCAUUCUCAUCCAUCCACUCGUCUAUUCGCUGAGGCCUUACCUGUAUCCAUCGGCCCCAGAUGAUGCUUCGACGCUUCAGACCAUUUCCCUUUGGUUGGUGGUUCUGCAUUUUAUCAAACGAGAGUUGGAAACCAUAUUUGUUCACCGAUUUUCGGCUGCUACCAUGCCGUUGCGGAACAUCUUCAAAAAUAGCUUUCAUUACUGGGCCAUAUCAGGCCUUUUGAUUGCCGCCUUCAUCUAUUCACCUUCGUCGUCCACCGCAAAGGCGGCAAACCCUGUUCUGCUCUAUCCAGGUCUGGCUCUAUACGUCUUGGGCGAAUUGGGCAAUUUGCAAACUCAUCUUACACUCAUGGGAUUGAGAAAGGCGGGAGGGACGGAGAGGGGAAUCCCCCAAGGGCCACUCUUCAACCUGGUGACAUGUCCCAAUUACCUGACAGAAAUACUGUCGUGGAUCGGCGUCUAUCUUGUAAGUGGCUUGAGCUGGGGCGUCUUUAUCUUCAUUGUGAUCUCCGCUGCUCAAAUGGGUCAAUGGGCCAAAAAGAAGGAGCGGAGAUAUCGCAAGGAGUUUGGCGACAAGUACAAGAAGAAGCGGUACACCAUGCUCCCUGGCAUCUGGUGAUUGUUCCGACAUGAGUUGGGGACAUUACGUGGUGGUUGGACCUGGGCCUCGACAUGUCUAUGUAUAUUAUCUUCCAGUUCGUAGAUCAUGCUACAAACAUAACCAUUACGGUGUUAGCAC